AUGCCGUCAUGGGUCGAAAAUCUCGCUGUACGAUCAAACGGCCAAAUUCUGGUCACUCUUUCCUCGGCAGCUGAGGUAUUCCUUAUUGAUCCUGCCGAUCCCUCCAAGGCAGCUCUGAUUCACAGGUUCUCCGAUGUCACAGGUAUGUCGGGGAUCAUUGAAGUGGAGCACGACAAGUUCUAUGUCGUAGGAGGCAACUUCGAUCUCAAGACGUUUGUCAACCAAUCAGGAUCAUAUAAAUUAUGGGAGGUAGAUAUGACAGAUUACGGCCGUGACAGUAAGGCUAUAGUAACAGAAGUCAUAAGGCUCGACAAGAUCGGCAUGCCGAACGGACUAGAGCUACUGUCAAAGACUGAAAAAGUCAUUCUCGCCGCUGAUUGCGAAGCCGGUGCUGUGUUCAAGAUUGACCUUGUGAAUGGGUCACAUGAGACAGCAGUUGAGGUUGAUGAGAUGAAGAAUCCAGACCAGCCAUUCAUUCCCAUUGCGAUCAAUGGUAUUUCAGUGCAUAAGGGAUAUCUCUACUGGACCAACACCUCAAAGGCACUGUUCUGUAGAGUAGAGGUUAGCGAGGAUGGUACAGCUGCAGGGGAAGUGGAGAUUAUCAAACAAGGACUAAUUGGUGAUGAUUUUUGCUUCGAUAUGGACGAUAAUGCAUGGAUUGCACGAAAUCCAUUUAACACCAUCGCAGUGGUUAAGGCAGCGGGUGACGCAGUGACUGUUGCCGGACAAUUAGAUCGUUUAGAAAUCGCUGGGGUGACAGCUUGCCAAUUCGACAGAAAACCUGGAAACGAGCACAUGCUUUACGUUGUUACAAAUGGUGGCCUUGGAGGUCCCGUCAAUGGAACCCAAGUCGAGGGCGGCAAGGUUGCGGUCAUCGACACCUCAUUGUUCAAGGCUUAG